ACUUUUUAUUUUCUGUCUUGUGUUUUUCGUAUUCGUGUACUUGUUCGAUCACUACAAUUGGGUGAUAAGAAAGGAGGUACUUCAGAAAAUCAGAUUGCUCCCGGCAUUAUUAACUAUGCCUCAGUUUUGCGUAUUCCCGUCAAACUGGAUUCUAGUAAUUGGAGUUCAUGGAGUCUUUUUGUGAAAAAGGGCCUUGAAAGUGUAGGCAAAGAAGAUCAUCUAACACAACCACCAACUGAUUCCCGAGAAUGGCGUAUUGAUGAUAGUGGAAUACAAAUGGCUUUGUGGAACUCCAUGGAACCCCAGAUUCUCACUAUUGCUCAGAAUUUCUCUACGGUUAAGGCUAUGUGGGAUCAUUUGUCUUCAUCUUUCUCUGCUAAGGAAUCUCUGUCUCAUGCUUAUUCGGUUCAAGUAUUUACUCGGGCUGAACAAGGUGACUCCACCUUCACUGAUUAUUUUACUCGUUUCUCGAAGCUUCAAGAUGAGUUACGCCCCCUUUUCCCACCAACUGCUGAUUUAAAGGUUCAGGAGGAGCGUAACAAUAAGAUGGAUGUCAUGACUUUUAUUGUUGGAUUAUCACCUAAGUAUGCUAGUGCACGACCCCUAUUGUUGAGUAACUCUGAUGCUAUUAAAUCUGUGGUAUCCACCUAUCAUCUCUUGCGAGCAAUGUACGGUCCUGAUGUUUCUCCAUCCACCACUGAUGCAUCUGCUAUGGUCAGUAAGAGUACAGAGUGGGGUUUUAUGAAGAAAGGUACUGGACGUGGAAAUAGUGGGUAGGGCAGUGAUCUUGUUUGUCAUUUGUGUCAUGAGCCUGGACAUGCGAAAUACAACUGCCCAAGCAAUUGCCAUUAUUGCAAAGGGAAGGGACAGACAAAGUAUAAUUGUCUGAAUCGUCCCACUGUUCUCAGCCACCUUCACGUCCUCGAGCCAGAAUAGCUACUACUGAUGAGCCUGGUGAGCAGCCUGUUUACACACUUAGCCAGGAGGAGUAUGCUCGGUUCCAGUAGUUGAUAUCCUCCAAGAUCGAUCCACAAGCCAACUCGGCUCACUCAGACACUUGUCAAACAACUUCCUGACAGGAACUGUCCCGAAUUUUGUUGGAAUGAACUCCCUCACUUGCGUGUAAGUUGGUUUGAACUUUAUGAAUUUUGUACUCUGGUACUAGUAGAGGUGGCAAAACGGCCGGGUCUGGCAAUUUGGGUAAGAUGUCAAAUUGGAGGCGGGUCAAAGUGGGGCACCUGGUUCAACCUUUGCCAUAUUUUCAGUUUGUAUUAUUAUUAUUUACUAGUCAUUUCUUUCGGACCAAGUUUGGUAUUACAAACAUAGAAUGACAUAAUACAGAUGAAAAGGAAGAGUGAAAGGACUAAUGGUACUUAAGUUUGCAGGCCUUGUAAUGUUGACCCGUUUAAACAUUAGGCUCAAAAGAAACAGGUUAAAAGGACUGGCAGUUCAGAAAGCCUCAACUAUUUCAUUCAUAAAGCCCGAAUACUAUAUCUUACACACUAAAUAUUCAAAUAAAAUUAAGAAAUCUGGACAAAAGGUGUUCAGUUUUAGCUAUUUGUACCCGUUUCCGCUAGUACCAUAAAACAUCCUUUUUGACCCAAUAACUAUGUCGCACAUGCAAGAUUAGCAAAUAGAACCUGUGGUUCAGUUUGAUACCUAUUAAUUUGUCAAAGAAGUUAAACAAGUUAUUUCUCUUGUUGAAACUUGCAUAGUUCAGCUUAGGAUCUAGACAUAUGAAAUUUUACAAACAGGGAAGGCGGGUAUUAGGUUGAACUGGAUGGGAAGGCUUAGGCUAGCUCUUGAUUCUG